AUUAUGAAACUUAAUGAAAAACUAUUGGAUAAUGGUGAAACCGGUAAGGAAACAGUUUUUAAAUCUUUAAAUUAUAGUAUUAAACACGCUAAAAUCAUUCUUAUUCUUAACCAAAUACGACUUGAAUCAGAAUAAACAAAAAAUAAAUACGUAAAGAUUCUUAACAUCUCUAAAGUUAUUUGAAAUACGAAUCCGAGUCGUAUUAACAGCGAUUAGGACUAACAUUGCAUUAGAAUUAAGUCACUUCACCUCUGUCCUUUUGUCUGUACUAAUCCUCACCGACGAUAAAAUCCAUUUUCGUACUGUGUUUGAUAGUAAUCAUUCGUCCUUUCAAAACUGAUAACGUUAUCUUGAACCAUUCAAUUGAAUCAAUCAAGUGAAAUUGACCGUAACGAACUUCGACGAUACUUUUCAUCCUUCAUCUACCCAUAACCUAUAAUCUCUCUCUAGUACAUCAUCCCUGGAAUGAGACAUGUUUUUAAGUAGUAUACUUAGUAGACUGUUUGAUUUGCAACAUAACAUUAUCUUAUCGUCCACUAGUAAAAGACUCUUACUGCCAUUCACACGUGUCUGCCGGUCGUGCAUUGACUUUCGUUUUGUGAUUUCAAAUGUGAUAUAGUUUAUUAAAUUAAUAUGGGUGAAGGUUCAGAUAUUAAUGAAGUGCAAAGAUUGAGGCCAAGUCAAGUUCUAGCAGAAAAACCAAAUAUUUCAGACAAGAGAAAAUGCCGAUUAUUUCUGGAGCCUGCUUUAGUGGGAGCAAUGAUGGCUAUCAACUUGGGUCAGACUUCUCUUCAGAAUUUUUAUUUAAGGACUGCCUGUACAAUAGACUUGAACAAGGACAUCAGUAUCUGUGACCGAGGUGUCGGCGAGGAUUUUCGUGCUGCUGAAGCGGAAAGUCAAAUCGUUGUCGCUAGUAUAAAUGUGAGCCGGAGCUUCAUUGGUUCUCUGAUAUCAACAGCUGUUCUCCUGUUUGUGGGACCAUGGAGUGACUGCAGCGGACGCAGGAAACCACUCCUUAUCAUGCCUCUAGUUGGUAUGAGCGUUAUGACCACUGGCGUACUCCUGAUGCUAAUAUUUCCUGGAGCGAACACUACUCAGGUUCUAUAUAUGGUGCAGAUCCCAAUAUCUCUUGGUGGCAAUUUUGGUCUAUUGUUGGCGGCAGCGUUUAGUCACAUUGGCGAUGUGUGUCACGCUACAGGGCGUGAUGUCACGCGUACAAUGGGCACUCAUCGUGCCGCUAUACAAAUCGCACACGUGCUGGGAGCCGUAGGUGGUCCACUUCUUUACCGACAUCUUGGAUUCUACGGUGUGUUUCCUCUUGUUUUAUUGCUGCAGUUGUCAUCUCUGAUCUACGUGAUUUGGUUUGUGAAAGACGUGAAUGUGAAUAAGGAGAAUACCGUAUCAGCUUUCCAUUGGCGAUUGCCGAUCAAUGCAGUCAAAUGCUUAUUCCGGAAGCGAGAUGGCUACAAGAGGACCGUCAUACUGCUUAUGUUGGUUGUUGCGCUUGCGGAUAGAAUGUUUUUAUCAGCUGAGGUGCUUUUAGCGUACAUGUACUACAGGUACAAGUUCCACUGGGACGAUGUGAUGUUUGGAAGUUUCCUCGCCUAUAGGAACAUUAUUAGUUUUAUCGGUACACUUCUUAUAUUGAUGGUUUUGCAACGACGAUUCAAACUCUCCGAUGAAGUGGUGGGCGCAUUGAGUUGUUUUUCCUACGUCUUGGCCCAAUCUGGACUGGUCCUCGCAACGACUACUCUCUUCGUGUUCUUUAUUCCACUGAUCGGAAUCAUAUCCCAAGGAUCUCAAGUGGUACAGCGGCCCUUACUCAACAAACAAAUACUUCCAACGGAACAAGGAAAAAUAUACAGUGUGCUUGGCGCAUUAGAAAGUGCAACUCAAACAUUCUCAUCUCCACUUUAUUCACUUUUAUAUAGCAAAACAGUUAACAAAUACCCUGACGCGUGGUUGAUUCCAGGGAUAUUUUUAGCUUUAUUACAGAUUCUCGCGUAUUUAAAAACCAGAAGAUUAGGUCAGAAAGCUAUAGAAACUAAUGUUGAAGUACCUGUUAAAAGAAAUAUACCAUUAGAAAUACUACAUAAGCCUGAAUCAGAGAAACCUAUGCUUUCGACGACGGAUGAUGGAAUACAAAAAGACUUAAGAGAAAAUAAAACAUAAAUUCGUGUAGUUUGUAACUGAUAAUAUUAAGACAAACUGUUUUUUUUUUUGGAAACAGGGUGAAUAUUUUAUAAUGGUCUCUAAUGUGAAAGAUUGUGUGAUUAAAAUGUCUGGUAUUUUUUCGUGAUAUAAUCUACUUUUAAUAU